AAUCUGGAUAAAAUAAAAUAUCAAUGUCAAGUUUUAUCCGUCAGACACCGUCACCUAUGUUUUCUUUUCACGUUUUAUUAGGUAGUAAUCCAUGGUAAUCUUUAGAUUAUUUAUAAUGAACUGAGCGUUAUGAUAUUACGAAGAUUUAGUUUUAGUCAUUUAAAGCCAGAAGUCUGAUUAUUGUGAAUUUUGAUAGUUAUACUCAAAACUGGCCUUAUUAAAAUAAGUUUAGAUUCAAUAGUGCUUUGUCUGAAAUUAUGGAUACAAAAGGAGAAAUCGAUCUAAGUGGUAAACUUAUCAUUAAAGUUCAAUUAGAAAACGAUAUAAGAAGGAUUCCUAUACAUAAUGAAGCAAUUACCUAUGAUGAACUGGUGUUAAUGAUGCAAAGGGUUUUUAGAGGAAAACUAACUGCUUAUGAUGAUAUUACUCUUAAAUACAAGGAUGAAGAUGGAGAUUUAAUUACCAUAUUCGAUAGUUCAGACUUAUCCUUUGCUAUUCAGUGCAGCCGAAUCUUGAAACUGCAGAUACUGUUGAAUAACAAAAAAGAGAAUAAAUUGAAGAUCUUGUCCCAUGGAGAUAUUAACAAUAUUAAACAACAGCUGAGGAAUAUAAGAAAUGAAGUCAAUACAAUUCUGGAGAACCUAGAUGAAUCUGUGACUACCUCAAUCUCAACUACUGAUACGAAAAGUGUAGAAUCUUCCAGUAAAGAUAAUCAGCCAUCAAUAAAUUCAUUGAACAAAGUGAAUUCGAGUGAAUUUGAUCCUUUACAAGAAAGUAAGAGUCAAAAGAAUGGUAAUGCUUUAGAGGCACCUAAGGAAAAUGCAAAGAAUCAAGCAUCUAAUACCAGCAAUGAAAAACCCGUUUCCAGACCUCAGUCUGUGCCAAGUAUGCAACGCGAGGUGGUGGCUGUAUCUGCUGCUAGCCAACAAGUGAGCGAUUAUUACAAUAGGAAUCCACCAACUUCUUAUGGUCAAAUUCCUUAUGCAAGUGUACCAUAUCCUCCUCAACACUAUGCAUAUUCUGCUGCUGCUGGUUUGUCAUUCAGGUACACCCAGCAAGUUGAUUCUCAGGUGCCCAAUUCUGGUGCUUAUACAACUCCACCUCAAGGUGGUUUACCUUAUUCAGGUCAGCCUCAGCAAUACAACAAUCCAGGAAUAUAUCAGCCAGGACAACCUAACCCAUAUUCUAAGACUUACACUCAACCUUCAUCUCAACAUUUUCUUCCUCCUCGUCAAUAAAUUAGAUAAUUCUCCAACUUCAAGGAUGCAAUUAUCUUGAGGAUGGGCUACAAAUAAUCUUAUUUGGAGUUUCCGAAUCAAUCUCAAAAUAAUUUUGUGAUCAAAUGCAUUAAAAUUUAAAAUGAAUCGUUAUAUAUUUCCAACAUAAUAAAACAAUUUUUUAUGGAAUUCUAUAGACGUGAUUUGAUACAAAAUUGUUUAUAUUCAUUUUAAAGGCAAUAUUCAAUUAAGAUCGUUUUUUACUGUUUUAAUAUCUUAGAAUAUUUAGCUGGAAGCAUACAGUGUCAAACAAUCAAAAGCAGAUUUAGGUAGAAAAAUUAUUAAUUGUUGUUUACAAAUUUGAGUUGAUAUGAAUUACGAAUAUUGCAUAUUAGUAGUUAUGAUUGCAGUAGUUCAUUAAUGUAAUAAGUUUCAAAAACAGAUCAGUAUCUAUGUAAUCCAAUUCUAAACAUGUAGCCCAAUGAAAUGAAAAACCAGAAAUAUGAUUUUUUUCAAUAUAAACGAAACUCAGUACAAAAUUUUCAAUGAUUUAAAUAUGGAAUUAAACUUACAUAGUAGUGGUAGUCUUUAGAGUAUUUCUUGAAGUGCAGAAAUUAUUUAUAUCAGAAUCAGUAUGAGAUUUGAAACUUUCUCUAUAUUUCUUCAAAUUUGGCUGCUGGCAGAUAAAACCUUUUGGUGUAUAUGAAUUUUAAGAUCACUUUUGACUGAUUAGUAGUAGUAAUCAAAAGAAUUGUUGUGAUAAACUUGUUUGAGUAUGCUGUCAGCUAUUUCCAAAGCAUCACAAUGACUGAUGAAUCAAUAAGAUAUUUGUAAAAAUUCACAAAUUACUUUUUGAAAAUAAGUUUUAACAAGUAUUAUUGUUAAGUUGUUUCAUGACCAAUAAAAAUAAACGUGAAUAGUUCCGUU